AUGUCAGCGUGGUGCCUGCCGGCCCUGGUUGGCAUAGCUGAGUGGGCGUGAGGGGCGCGGAAGGCUUGUGCGAUGCGGAUGUAGAGGGAGAGAGCCAGAGGGUAGAUCAAAGAGAGAAGGGAAGCAAAGCAUGGCCGCCGCAUUGGUAUUUCGUGCAGAUGAACGGGGAGAAAGCACCACACUGAACAAAGAUCACUCUCGGUUUCAGGGAGCACCCGACGCCGCUGCGAGCUUAGACGCCUCGUCAGCAAAGUGAAGAGGAGAAAAAAAGGGAGAAAGGGAGGCUCGGAGGAGCAUUCAGAGGCUGGAAAGCCGCAGAUCUGUCCUUAUUACCGUCAGACUCGGCGUCAGUUUUGGCAUCAUCUGACGAUUCUGAGAAGCUCUCUGUCCCCAACGUCACCAAGAGCCAAUUCAGUUCAGGUCUGGAACCAAAACAAUGAUGCUGUGAAGCGCUUUCUGUCUGUGUCAAAUUCGUUUCUGUUCAGGUCUGGUUUGGUUCAUCGAGUAUGGCUUCCGCUGCUGCCGCUGACAACCAAGAUGAAGCGGAGGACACAUCGCCCAUCGGUAGCGCACUCCUGAAGCGCAAGUUCGAGAAUGCGGCACGGCGGCUGCUGGCCACCGACACGGACGAGUGGACAGACGUCGUUAUCUGCGAAGGGGAGGAAGACAAACAACAAGGUGACCACACACACGCACGCACGCACACGCGGACACAGACCGUUCUCACCAGAUCCACCUGCGUUGAUCUGUUUCAGUUGCUCGUGCGGAUGAGAGCCUGGAGGGCGAGGAAGAUGGAUACGACGCCUACCUCCUGUCGCGGAAGCGCACUCUGCUGCGCGGACAGCCAUCCGGCGGGGUGCACAAGGCGGCCCGCACUGACAAAGAUGAGACGGGCAGGGACCAAGACGCUUCUCAAGGCGAGAAGCAGUGAAGACAUGAAUAACAUUUGGCUAGCUAGAAGGGCGGGGGAUUGUACAUAGACAGAUGGAUGUCGGUCGACUUACUUGUCCUCUGAGUGAGUGCUUUGGUGGCUGAUUGUUGAUGAUACACACAUACAUACGAGUGACACGACAUAGAGAGGCCAACGGCAGGUCGGUCUUUUUCGACGGUGAGUGAAGUGACUGACAGGACGGAUCACAAAACGACCUCAAUCCAAUGCACUUGACC